GUUUAUCCACUUCAAAAUGUGGAAAACAAAACGAAAAGCUUAAACAGCGAUACUACACUUCGAAAUUUCUGCUAAAUUACUGUCGUUUCAUGUUGGUGGUACGUUUUCCCCCACGGCGGCGAGCUUUCCCCCAUGUCAGUCAUUACAUAACCCCACUUUUUGCUCAAAAUUUUUUGUUUUCAACAAAAAAAAUGUCGAGUAAAAGAGACCGAAUGGGCAAUAGAAAAGAGGGUAAUCAUGAGAGACCACCUUCGCACUUGCGAGGUAAACAAAUCGGCAUGUAUUAUGCCCAAAGAAACAGAGAAAGGAAUGAAGCGAACAGGAAACGACCAUUGGGGACCAUCUUGUUAUCAGAAUCUCGCAAGAAUCAAAUCCAAGCAGUAUUAAAUUCCACAUCGUUCAAAAAUAUUUUUGCUACUACCAGCAGCACGUACGAGCAUCUUGAAGACUCAGCUUUCAAACGGAGCUUUCUUCGAGUUAUUAACGAGACCAUUGACGAAAAGUUGCAACACACGUGCGCACGUCUCGCCGAAGAUGCAACUUUGAAUCAAUCACUGUAUGAAGAUUUUUUGCAAAAACAGUCUAGUCCUAAAUACAUGAACAUGAUAGCAAAACGGACGAAGCUGCCGGCGUUUAAUAUGAAAGACGAGAUCUUGAAAGUCAUUGACGAGAAUCAAGUUGUUGUGAUCAGUGGCGAGACUGGGUGCGGAAAAACGACCCAAGUUGCUCAGUUUAUCCUUGAUGAUUUUUUGCAAAAGCAGAAAGGCUCAGUGUGUAAGGUUUUAUGCACACAACCACGCAGAAUUAGCGCUAUUGCCGUGGCACAGAGGGUGGCCGAGGAACGCGGUGAGGAGCUGGGCCACAGCGUGGGGUACCAUAUCAGGAUGGAAAGACGUCCGCCUCGCGAUCGGGGCUCCAUCUGUUUUUGCACAACUGGCGUGGUUCUAAAAAUCAUGGAAUCGGACGCUUCGCUCUCUUGGGUCUCCCACUUGAUCCUUGACGAAAUCCACGAACGUGACGUAAUGUCCGACUUCAUCCUAGCACUCAUUAAAAAAAUCAAAGCGAAACGAAGCGACUUGAAAAUCAUUUUGAUGAGCGCCACUCUCAAUUCGGAAAAAUUCUCAAAGUAUUACGACAACGCCCCGCAUCUAAACAUCCCCGGGUUCACCUACCCCGUCCAGGAAUUCUACCUCGAAGACGUCCUACAACGCACCGGCUUCGUCUUCGAGUCCACGCACCGCAUCAAACACAAAAAAACCAAAAUGUACAGCGACUUCAUCGAGCCACAUGUCCGCCAGCUAGAGCGCACGAGACAGUACAGUCGCCAGGUCUGCAUCCAGCUGCGCAACCCCGAAUGCGAGGACAUCAACCUGGAGCUGAUCCUCCAGCUCGUCAUCGACGUCUGUGGGAAGGAGCGGGACGAAGGCGCGAUUUUGAUUUUCCUGACCGGCUUCCACGAAAUCUCCACUUUGAGCCGCCUUAUGUCGGAAAGUGGGCGUUUCCCGCCCGGCAAAUUCCUCAUUUUCCCCCUACACUCGCUCAUGCCGACGCUGGAACAAAAGCAGAUCUUCGACACGCCCCCUCGCGGCAUGCGAAAAAUCAUCAUCGCCACGAACAUUGCGGAGACAUCGAUCACAAUCGACGACGUUGUUUAUGUGAUCGACUGCGGAAAAAUCAAAGUUACGAACUUCGACGCCCGAACAAACUCGGACAUUUUAGCCCCCGAGUGGGUGUCGUUAGCCAAUGCCAACCAACGUAGAGGGCGCGCAGGCCGCGUCAAGCCCGGCAUGUGCUUCCAUCUCUUCACAAAGGCCCGGAACAUGGUUCUGGAGCAAUACCUCCUGCCUGAGAUUUUACGCAAACGGCUGGAGGAUGUGAUUUUGACCGCGAAAAUCCUACAGUUGGGCCCAGUCGAGCCGUUUUUCGCCCAGUUAAUCGACUCACCGGACCCCGGAGCGGUCACGGUAGCCCUAGAGUUGCUAAAGCGCAUGAACGCGUUAACCGACGACGAGAAAUUAACCCCGUUGGGGUACCACUUGGCCAAGUUGCCCAUGGCGCCACAGAUCGGCAAAAUGAUCCUUUUCGGCGCCAUUUUCAGCUGCUUGGACCCCAUUUUGUCGAUCGCCGCGGCGCUCGAUUUCAAAGACCCGUUCCAGUUGCCGGUGGAUAAAGAAAGGGAAGUGUACAAAAUGAAACUGGAACUGGCACGGGGCGUGAAAAGUGACCACUUGUUGUUUCACGAAGCUUUGCGGGGGUUUGAGGAGAGCGGAAACGCGCGGCAGUACUGCUGGAACUACUUCCUGAGUCACCAGACCAUGAAGCAACUGCAGGACUUGAAGAAACAGUACAUGGAGUAUUUGUGCGAGAUGAACUUCGUGCGAGAUUCGGACCCGAAAAACCCUGAGUGUAAUUUGAAUUGGGAUAAUCUGAGCCUGGUUAAGGCCAUCAUUUGCGCUGGGUUGUACCCGAACAUUAGCAUUUCGCCUGUUUUAGGGAAGGCGCCCGUGAGGACGCCCAGUAUGAGGCGGUUGAAGCUUCAUCCGAAAUCAAUUUUGGCCGAGUGUAAAUACUUCGAUACAAACAUCCUCGUUUAUUAUAAGAAAAUGAAAUCGAAAGUGGAUUUUAUUUACGACGCGUCAUUAAUUCACCCGUUACCUGUGAUAUUUUUCGGCGAUAGGUUUAACCAGAUUUGUGAGGAUGGGCGCAGUUUCAUUUCCAUUAACCAGAAUUUGAGGUUUAAGUGUUCGGAAAGCACGGCUUCGAUUAUUAAGGAACUGAGAGAUCGGUUCAAUUGGUUUUUGGAAUACAAAAUAUCACACCCGGGGCCAGUGGUGUGGGGAGGAGACGAUGAGACGCAAAUUUUAAGUCUUAUAAUGGAACUGAUUACUUGCGAAGACAUGGAAGAGUUCGAUGAUGAUGCGUUUGAUGACGAAUGAAAACAUGUUUCCAAUUUUGUAAAAAAAUGUUUUGGUUAAUAAAUUAAUAAUUCAGA